UUUGUUAAUUGAAAGGUCUGUGUCAACCGUUAUUCUGUAACGAAAUUAUGGCGUCUUCUUUAGAAAAUUUGGAAACUCAGUUGGAAAUGUUUGUGGAAAAUGUGCGACAAAUACACAUCAUAGUCAGCGAUUUUCAGCCGCAAAGCCAAAACGUGUUGAAUCAGAAACUCCACGCAAUGGUUCACGGGCUGCAGGAAGUCGAUAAGCUGAAAUCUCAGGUGCAAGACGUGCACGUUCCGCUAGAAGUGUUUGAUUACAUUGACCAGGGCCGCAACCCCCAGCUGUAUACCAAGGACUGCAUCGAAAAAGCGCUGGCCAAAAACGAACAGGUUAAGGGCAAAAUCGACGCGUAUCGAAAAUUCAAGGCGAACAUGCUCCUCGAAUUGAGCAGAACCUUCCCCAACGAAUUGAGCAAGUACCGGGCAUUGAGGGGUGACGAGUAAUUUUUAGGUUAGGUCAGUUUUCUUUUUAAGUUAUCUAUUGUGCGUGCGUGUAUUAAUAAAACAAUUUU